UCGCGCGUGUCGCGUCUCCGUUGGCCGUUGCGCUGCCCUUUCGGCGAUCGUUCCUUUCUUAUAUUGUUUAUCAUCGUGAAAUCAUACGACCGUUAAACAGCGCGACACGCAGAAUCGAUCACCGAGGAUCGCGAACGGGAAUCGAGGGCGAGCACGCGUGUGCAGUUUUGAACCGCGCACCGCGAUCCGCGAGCCACGUUAAAAACGUUUUAAGUGAACUGUGUCGAGAAGUGCGUUCGUUCGGAGGGCCCGGUACACGAGAAAUUCCGGUGCUGUUUUUAACCCGCGCGAAACUGGAACGUGUGUUGUUCGUCGUAUAAAUAGAGGAUAAUCUCGGCGCGGGUACGAGCGUUGAAGUUUGUUUAAUCGGACCAAGUUCGCGUGUGUCGCGCUCGCGCCCCCCCGAGCGGCAUCAUACGUGGCCCGACAGACACUAAACCGACUCGUAUCUCCGGAAUGCAUAGUCGACGGGUAUUUUCUCCGUCCUAAGAGACAUUUGGGACAGUGUGUCAAGGCCAGACGAUUCCUACAACUGAACAUUGUAGCGCGAGUCCCGCUUUGGUCGUGGCUAGCGCGAACGAUGUAACGGGGAACGCCAACGGAAGAGGACGCGCCGUGUGCAUCCCGAAACCUCGCGCUCCACGGAUCUCUUAUCGAUCGCGAAGCACGCUUACGAGGGAAGACAGUCGGCUCUCUCGGUCGAUCGAUGCCCUCUCGCGAUCCCUGCGUUCACUCUGCGGAUUUCCUGCUGCGACGGGAUCUAGAACACGGUGUCAAGGUCGUCGUCGAUCCGUCCUAAGGAUUUCGCACGGCGGGAACGUUUGUCGCUCGUACGUGACAUCUCCGACGCGGCGAGAUCAGUGCUUUACGGAAUCCGCGUACGCGCGCGUGUUAAAUCGACCGUCGCCGCGGCGUACUUUCUUCGAAGGACACCGUGUCUGUGGCUGUGUGUGCGUGCGUGCGUGUGUAUUUUCGCCGCUUUUCGACGCGUUGCGCGGGAACCGAGCGUCCAAACGUUUUCUACACCACGGCAGAUCCGGACGGAAAGGCACGCUCGUCCAAAACAUUUACCAACGAAGAAGCGUCUCGUGUUUCGUCUGGUCGCGUUCUCUCUUCGUCGCUCUCUCUUCGUCGCUCUUCGCGCCGGUCCCGUACCCGGUUUCGGCGAAUGUGUUCGCUUGUAUCGCGAGCCGUAGAGAUAGAGACGUUUUUUUUUCUUCUUCUUCUUUUCUUUUUUUUUUUAUCUCCGCUCGGAGAAACGAGCGAUCGAACGAGCAAGAUUAACCGGCGACCUGGCGGCUAAUUUUAAUUCGCGCAACAAACAAGACCGCGAAGUCGAAGUCGUCGCGCGAUAACGGGCGAGAGAACGUUACGGACCGACGACGUCGGAACCGCCGACCGUCGCUGUUUCGCUACCGCGGUUCUCCAAUAUGGCGAACGUGUCUCGUGCUCGGAGGACCGAGUCUCGUGCCAUCGAGGUCGCCCUGAAUUAGACCUUACCCGUUAUCGAGACUCCGAGAAUAGUGAAUUUCUGUGAACAGACAAGAUACGGGCACGCUGGUUACCAUUAUGACAGCCGACGAUGAUCUAUCGAUCGCGAACUUGCUCAUCUUCGAUCGUACAAAGAUACUUGGACGUACGUGUGCACGCGCGAACCGGUUCGCGUUCCCUUGAAACGAAUCGAGUGGGUUCGGUAAACGAGUCGUGUCUGUAAAAAGCGGCAGCAAAAUGUGGAUGAAACAACAGGAACAAGUGUACCUGCACCCUCAGCAGCAGGGACUGCAUCCCGGGAUCAUCGGAACGGUAGAACGGACGCAUCAUCAUCAUCAUCAUCAUCAUCGAUCCACCACCGUGAAUUUGCCUGGUCCAAGCAAUCCAAGAGCGGCGCGAAACAUGGCGGAGAAACAGCGCCGCGACAAUCACAACACAAACAUCAUGGCUAUGGGGAAGCUCGUACCCACUGUCGCCGAGAGUCCGAAGAAGCUGGACAAGAUAUCCAUCUUGAGGCUGGCUGUCGCCUACCUUGGGUCCCAUUACACGCUCGGGCCUGGGAAAACAAACUUACUACCUCGAGAACUCGCCAAAAUGGACUUGGAACAGUACAUUAUCACCAACUUGAUCGAAAGCGGGGGCUUCUUUCUCGUGGUCACCUCUACGGGGAAGAUCAUCUAUGUUAGCCGGCAGGUCCUGGAACACCUUGGCCACUCUCAGGCGGACCUGUUGAGCCACUCUCUGUACAAUUUCGUCCAUCCAAACGAUCACGAGGAGCUCACGAAGAAUCUAGUCCCGGACGAGAUGCAGGGUGUGGUCGUGACGUCGUCCACGUCGCGGGCACAGAUCACGGACGCGGCGAACGACAAUUCCAGCUCCUCGGAGGACUCGUCGACGACCCUCAGGAACGAGGGUAGACCCUUUCGCGAGCAGAGGCGGUGUUUUCAGCUGAGAAUGCUGCACCGUACCGCCUCGAGGCGAGAACAUCCCCAAUACGAGUGCGUCGAGAUCUCGGGGAUGCUCAGGCUCGCGGACACUUGUAGGAAUUCGGAAUUGAACGGCGGUCGAACGCAAUACCGAGAAGUCGGCUCGACCAGCAACGACAUAAUUUUCGUGGGUAGAGCGCGGUUGCUGAUGAAGCGUCCAAUCACCGAAAUAUCGCUAAUGGACGCGAACAAAGACGAGUACGUCACCCGGCACUUGGUGGACGGCAGAAUCAUUUACUGCGACCACAGGGUGUCCGUGGUGGCCGGUUACUUAUCGGAGGAAGUCUCAGGUUUGAGCGCCUUCAGUUUCAUGCACAAGGACGAUUUCAGGUGGACGGUGAUCGCGCUUCGUCAGAUGUACGAUCGUGCGGAGACCUGCGGAUCAUCGUGUUACAGGCUGCUCUCGAAAUCGGGUGACUUUAUUUAUUUACGUACGCACGGCUAUUUAGAGUUCGAUAAGGACACGCAAACUGUUGAAUCUUUUGUGUGCAUAAACACAUUAGUGUCGGAGGAGGAAGGUGUUCAGCUCGUGAAGCAAAUGAAGAAAAGAUUCUCGGCGGUGGUGUCCGAAACUACGAUGGCGAUGAUCCAGAACAAGGAAGACGUGUCGUUUGACUUGGGUACGGACUCGCAACAAUCGAACUCGAAGAGCAGCGUGGGGGAUCCUUCGCAGGUGGAGGACGCGAUCACGCAUUUGGUUAGCGAUUUGUCGUCGUCGGUGUCGGAAAACCGUCUGACAGGAUCACCUGUGCCGGACGAGCAGUUCGUGAAGGCCGCCAUAGUGUCGCAACAUUUGCCCCCGGCAGCCACGCAGGCCAGCAAAAUCGGUAUCAAGAAGAUCGAUCAUUACUUGGUGGUGCAGGGCAAGGGGAAUCGAACGCCAAAACAGGACUCGAAAACAGUCCAUCUGACCGAAGUCCAUGAGAAUUGUAAACCCUCGGGUAAAUCGUUACCGAUCAAUCAAUCCCACAGUGCACACGAUAACGUGCAAAGCAAGGACGAUAAAACGGUUUCUGGACAAGUCGGUAGCAUAAUCACCACGAGCGAUUUGUCCGUAGAGCCUGCAACGUCUCGGUUGGACGAUCCUCUGAGUAUAGACACUUUGAAUCCGGGCGUAGCGAUCGAUGAAUCUAUUAUAAGCGUAUCGAGCACGCACUCGUUGUGCGACGAUAUAUCCUGCGACAUCAAAGUUGAGCACAACGCGAACGUUUUCGAGCACGAAACGGAACCGUUGAUAGAGUACCCGGAGGCCAGCGUGGUCGACGAGAGCGUCAUCUCCGAUUCCAGAUCGAGCCAUCAGUAUCCAUUGAAGAGGAUAUACAGCGACGAAGAUCUUAGGACAUCUUGCAAUAAAAAGAGACACGUUUCUGACGAAGAGCAGAGCGUCCCGUACGUUGACUGCAGGUCGUUCGUUACGGACGAAUUCCCGGAUCUCGGCUCGAACUACAGCCAAUACAAUAUGAAUUCUCAGCUUCUGAGGGUCGCUGAGUCGCCCAAUUCCACCCUGGACGAACUUACCAUCGACUAUCAGGAAGUGGAUUCCAGCUUGCCGCUUCUACCUCCAAACCCGGUGGACGAAAAAUUCAAUGAUUCAGAUCUAAUAGUGAAAAUGAUUUUUGAAAAUACCUUUAACGAUGCGAAAGUUCAACAACUACCGGAUCAUAAUGCAAUCAAUAAAGAAAUAAGGAGAACGCAUCUACAACUUAAGAACAGCAUGGCGUUGCAAGAAUCGCAGCUGAACGUUUUGGCGCGAGACCUGAAAAAUCCAGCCUUACAAGCGAAAAGAGGAAGCUUAACACCGUUACAGGCAGAGCACGAUAUACAAAAACAAAUUCUUGAGACGCUGCAGCAAGAUCACCAUAACAUACAAAUUAACAUAAAGCACAAUAUUGGCGUGUAAAAUAUCCAAAAGCACGCGAAGCGAUGAAAGUUAAAAAAAAUAAAAGUACUCUUGGAAUUGGUAAAGUGCAACCGCACGUUGAAUGUUCCAGUGAGAUCUGUCGUAACUCAUUCCUUCUCAAAUACCAGUGAUAAAAUGGUAAAGUGGAAAAAAAAUAAAACGUAACGACUGGUAGUUACAUUUGACAAUCGACAAAUGUUGUAACAACAUCGACCUGCAUUAUUCUACAGCUUGUCAAGACGUAACAGUGUUUGUCCCGAGACUUUGUGUUGGGAAGAGAAGAAUAAUGUCGCGUGCAAACAGGUAAACUCUGUAUGUUGUACAGACAUAGACUGUAAAAUCCGAAUUAUGGACGUUGUACAUACCUAGCCCCUCGUGUUUGCUGGAAAUAUGAACGAUUAUAUAAUUUCGGUGACUGCAUGAGCCGCGUACGUAAAUCGUACUGUAAGUCAUGCGCGCGUGCGUUUUACAUUUACAAAGGUCCAAUGUUGCGAAAUUUAAAGAUUUUAUGAUAGCAGACUUGUAGAUAGUGUGGACUCGAUUUUAAAUGGCCGCGCUAUUCAGGACCGUUUUACUCUGUCAUUAAUUGGCCAAGAGCGAAAACUAUUUCCAUGUCGAAUAGACCACGGUAUACAAGCAUAUAUAUCGGAUGGAUAUUGUUACGCGCUGCAGCAGCCAGCCGCCAUCUUUCAUUUUGAAUUUUUGCCCUACCAUAAACCUCGCCUAAAAUUAAGAGAAGACGACGGGCAGCUACAGCGCGCAACAAACACAGCACCAGUUCUGUUUAAACUCCAUUGGUCGUUGGAUGCCAAUUACGAGAAAAGAGAGAAUAGAACACUACCAGACUCAAAUUCGAAUCUUGCUAGUAAAAGUGAAAUGACAGUACAAAGUUUCUGUUUUGAAAUAAAAUAUAUGCUUUUACGAGAGAAGGUAGUAAGAAAAAUUAUUAGAUACGUGAUCGUACCUAGUUUUUAUUAUUGUUACAUGAGUACGAUAACAAUAAAAGAUCGACCUUAAAUGUCUCGAAUCAUACGUCGUAUUAUUAAUUCUUUUCCGAUAAAAAAAAAAAACACUCGAUCUUAAAAAGUGGUGCGGGACUGCUUAUUUCUAUGUACGUAACUACAUAUGCACUAUUUAUGACAGAAACAUGCACUUCUGAGCAUUUUACACGUUACUUUGUUAUUUUUUACAAAUCUUUUACUUUCUCGCGAAAUAUUACGGUGAACAAAAUUGUCAACCUUUUUUAACCGUGAAAUCUACAUCAUCGGUUCCACCGUGCGCGUAAAGGAAAUGUUAUAUUUCAUGUUUGUAAUCGUUCUGUUAUGGCAUAUUUUUAGACUUUACUGGCCUCGUUAUCCACCCAAUAUUAUGUUACUUUAUAUUACUUUAUUACUAAUAGUUAAGCGUUAGUAUCUAUCGAUGAGUAGCAUAAUAAUUUUCGCGAUUGGUUGAUGUGCAAUUUAUUAUCAUAUAAUAAAUGUGCAUGGAUCGAUAACAUUUUAAGCUACUGUUGACAAAAAACAUGAAUAAGCAUAAUCAAGCGAAUGAAUCUGCGAUUCAAUGUAAAAAAAAAAAAUGUUAAAAUAUACAGGAUGGAAUUAUGCGCGUGAAAAGAUUAUAGACGCGCGAUCAUUAUUGACAUAUUCAACACCAAUGAAUAAUAGAUCUAUAUAUCAUUUUAGUUCCAUUUCCCUAUGUACAAGUAUAUAUAAGGCUGAUACUGUAAAUAAGAAUUCCGAACAUCUCAGUGAUCGGUAUUACCGAUUAAGGAAAUCACCUUUUAUCUCUUUGUGAAUUGUUCAUCGUUCAUUCAUAUUGUACAUCUAUUUGCAAAUCGUGUGCUAUUUCCCAAAUACAUUAACGAGUUAUUCACGCUCCUGCGUUCUGAUACCAGCUGCUGGUGUCGGUGUGGUUUAGAAUUGUAAUGUAGUUUAUAAAGUAUACUAAUAAUACGGGUAGCCCCCCUCCCUCCCCCGCCCCGCCCAACCCUCUCCCCCUUUACGUAAGUUCCCGUUGUAAGACGCGACAACAAAUAAAUCGCAAUUUCCCACAAGCAUGAUAUCCUCUAGAGCAACAAUAUUUAUGUGGAAUCCAAGUCGAAGAGAUAUAUUCGUACUAUUUUAUGAGCUUUAUGACUUACAAGGAAUUGUUAUGUAAAUUAUGUAUUUAUUUUGAACAGGAAUGAUGUUUAAAUGAUGUACAGACAGGGAUUAUGAAACUACGAAAAGAGGGGAUUUAUCUGCGCAUACUUCUUAUAUAUGUACACAUCAUAUUCAUUGUAAAAAUUGUCAAUAACUCGAUUUUAUGUCAUUGACAUCGGUGUCAAGCGUAUCGGGGCAUACCUGGCGUUCGAGUUUGUUCGAGUUUGGCCGAUAUCGCUAUUAACUUUUACAAAAAUCUGUACAAUAUUAGGAGAAGCUUAAAAGUCUGUAAGCUUCGCUCACUUUUAUCGCCGCGAAGGGCUCGCGCGUCCUUUCCUCGUAAUCGCUUGACAUUGAUAAAAAUCCAACUUUUUUACGUGCUACCAUGUUACUUGAAAAGAUAAAUGUCCCUUGCAUAAUAUAUCGUGUUAUGGGCGUUUAGUUAAGUGAAUGGCAGACUUUCCAAUUCGUCAUAAUCAUUGUAGUACAAACAGCAAGUUUAAAGUGUCUGUGUUUAAUGUCACUUUUUCGCUCCUGUAAUCUAUCAAGCAAAUUGUAAAUGUGUUUUUUGUGAUCCUCAGCGAUGCGACUCGAGCUUAGCCAUCGUGCUCAUGUUUUAUAUGUUCCAAAAAAAAUAUACGUAGAAACGGUAUUUCUACGAUUAAUCGUUAUCGAAAAUUACGAAUCGAGCAAGAUAUAUGGUAUCCAUGAUAUUUCGUUAAUUAAAAAUAUUGUAAUUAUUAUACGCGUAAGUGAUUUUCAAGCGUUAUUCAAAAAUAUGGCAGUUAAGAUCACUGUAUUGGAACUUGAUACACCGUUUCGAACCACGCUUGUUUCAAAUAACAAUUUUCGAUUAAUCACUUUGUGUAAACGUUCAUUGCUGAUAGUAAAAUAGUCUAACGCAGGCAAACAGAAAAGAGAAAAAGCUACAAUGCUGAGGGAAUGUUUAUUCGGGACUGAAAAAAUUGGUUCCGCGCGAUCAGGAAGCAAACGAAAAAUGAAAUAUUAGUUUACAACUAUUUGAUAUAAUGAAAACGAGCGGAUAUCAAUGUGACAUAGACAGAUGGCACUACAGAAUUCGCUAAACUAACGUUUAAUCUUACGAUAUUGUAAAUACUACCUUUAUUAUAUUUUAUACACUGCUGUUUGCACAUAAGUGAUUUUUACAAUUUCUUUCUGUAAGUUACAUAUGCAAACGCAAUUGGACACGAUUGUGUACAUCCUCCUUGUACGUUUAUAUAUGUAUUUUUGGGAGCAGAACAUCGCAGAAUGUUUUUUAAAAUCGCUGUAAAGUCAAAUCACGUUAUUGAUUUGCGUCCGUUCUACGUAUUAAGCAGUCUUGGAAAAAAUUUUUAUGCGAAACGAUCGUCUAUUCGUGAUCUUGUUUGUUAAAAAUUUAAACGCAAAAUUCGAAAUGUUUUUCACUACGUGCUCAGUUUUCGUUCGAAGAAGCUUGAAAUUUCUAUCGACAGUAUUACGCCUCCGCGUACGUAACGACACAAUUUAAUUAAUAUUGAUCGUAAUUUGUUUAGAAUGGUAAAAAACAAACGACCUGCGUGAAAAUCUCCGUAACGCGGUUACAAAAUUAAAUCUUAAGCGAACGUCAUUGUGUGGCUAUUUCAAUUUUUAAUUUCAGUGUUUUUGAGACUCGUCGAACACUGUGUAAAUCUUACCGUAGCUAUUACGACAACGCGAUACACAUUUCACGAAAAUGAAGAGAAAUACACCUCGGAUUAACAACAGACGAACAUAACAGAGUAAUGGA